UUGUUUCAGUUUCCCUAAUUUUCACGUCAUUCAUUUUCUGUCAUUCUCAUCAAAAUUCAGAUAUAAAUUAAGCUAAAUCCUUAAAAGAGACUAGUACUAAUCCAAAAAAAAAAGUAUAAUAUAAAAAGAAAAAAAUAGAAAUUAAUUGAAGAGUUGGCAAUCACUAAUAAGCAAUGGAUCAAGGAAGUAUUGAGAAGGAAAGCAUCCAUAGAAAUGAACAGCUUAAACUCUCGCUACUCAGAUCCUUUGUUGAAUCUCGAGAUCCCUCUACUAAGGAAGUAGAUGAUUUGACACUAAGAAGAUUCUUAAGAGGCCGUAAUUUUGAUGUGGAUAAAGCCGGAGCAAUGUUCUUAAAGUACAUAAAAUGGAGAAGGUCAUUUGUUCCCAAUGGAUUUAUAUCAGAAUCCGAGAUUAAAAAUGAAAUUGCUCAAAACAAAAUAUUUGCUGGUGGAAAUGAUAAGAAAGGACGUCCUAUUUUGGUUCUAUCAGCUCGCCGACACUUUCAAAAUACUACUCCUGGGGGAUAUCAUGAGUUCAAGCGAUUUUGUGUGUUUGUUCUUGACAAACUUUGCGCAAGAUGCAGGAUGGGGGUUGGACAGGAAAAGUUUUGUGCAAUUGGAGAUCUUCAAGGAUGGGGAUUCUCAAACAGUGACAUUCGUGGAUAUCUAGGAGCUUUAUCUAUUCUUCAGGAUUGCUACCCAGAAAGAUUAGGAAAACUAUUUUUAUUGCAUGCACCAAGAAUCUUCAUGGCAGUAUGGAAAAUCAUCUAUCCUUUCAUUGAUGACAAUACAAAGACCAAAAUAGUCUUUGUUGAGAAUCAGAAGCUAAAAUCAACAUUGCUAGAAGAUAUUGAUGAGAGCCAACUUCCCGAAAUAUAUGGAGGAAAACUACCACUAAUUCCCAUUCAAGAGGCCUGAUAUCAUCCUCCCUAAAGCACUACAUAUACUUUGUGUGCAAACCCAAUCCUAAAUAUCUAAUAUAUAAUAUAUUGCAUGAUUUUAAUAAAAUAUUUUCAGAUUCUUACCAUUAUCACCUUAAAGAUAAUUGAUGUAAAUUAGAUUUAUCAAUAAAAUUAUAUAUACUCAUAAUAGAAUAAAUUUAACUAAUUUAGUUAGUCAAAUUAAAUUUCUUAAUUUAGAAGAUUUAUGUUUCAGACUACUAAUAUUUUCCCUAGUUGUUUUCUUGUCUUAAUGUAGUUAGUCAAAUUAAAAUUAUAUAUACUCAUAAAGUCAUAAUAGAAUAAAUCUAGUUUCUGCAAAUAAUUUUACUCUUGAGGCUACUAUAUAUCACUCGAAUUCCUUUUUAUGUAGGGCUCUUACUUUUUGGGGUAAAAUUGACAGCAUUCCUCUGAUUCUCACAAUAAAAAUUGUAGACUGUAAUAUAGAUGAUGAAAUAUUGUAUUUUAACGAAAUAUUUAUUAACGAAAUAUUGGAUUGAAUUAUUUAUGUUAUUUAUUAAGGCAAAUUAAAAAUUGUAUUUUA